CCUCGAGAGAGAGGAGAAGAGAAGACUAGGAGCGAGGAACGGAGAAGAGCCUCCACUUCAUAGACAGGAUAGAGAGGCAACCCAGGAGAGCCCCAGUUGCACAGCCAAGACUAAAAGGGAACUGAAGAGACCCCGAAGUCCACAACUAGGCUAACAAAGCACUGAGGAGACUGGAGAAGCGAGAGAGGAGUCUAGAGAGGCAACUAGGCUACAGAGGCAGUUGAGGAGAGACCCAAUUGCACAGCCAAGGCUAAGAGGGAACUGAAGGGAUCCCUGAGUCCGCAACUAGGCUUUCAAGGCACCGAGGAAACUGGGAAAGCGACUGAGGAGGCAACUGGGGAGACUAAAGAGGCAACUGAGGGAACUCCCAACUGCACAGCCAGAGACCCCGAAGUCCACAGCUAGGCUAACAAGGUACUCAAGAGACUUAAGAGAAGCAACUGAAGGGACCCCAGUUUCAGAGCCAGGCUAGAGAGCCAUUGAGGAGGCCCUUAACUUCACAGCAAGGACUAAGGGGGAACUGAAGGGACCCCAUAGUUCACAAUUAGGCUAGUAAGUCACUGAGGAGACAGGAGAAGGGAGUGAGGAGGAAACUGAGGAGACUAGAGAGGCGACUGGGGGACCCCCAAUUGCACAGCCAGAGAUCCUGGAGUCUACAACUAGGCUAACAAGGCACUCAGGAAACUAGAGGGGCAACUAGGCUACAGAGGCAACUAAAGGGACCCCCAGUUUCAGAGCCAGGCUAGAGAGGCAUUGAAGAGACCCCUAAUUGCACAGCUAAGACUAAGGGGGAACCGAAGAGACCCCAAAGUCCACAACUAGGCUAACAAGGCACUCAGGAAACUAGAGAAGCAACUAAGCUACAGAGGCAACUGAAGGGGCCCCCAGUUUCAGAGCCAGGCUAAGGAGGCACUGAGGAGACCCCUAAUUGCACAGCCAAGACUGAGGAACUGAAGGGACCCCAAAGUCCACAACUAGACUAUCAAGGCACUGGGGAGAUUGGAAAAGCGAGUGAGGAGGCAACUGAGGAGUCUAGAGAGACAACUAGGUUCUAGAGGCAACUGAGGGGACCCCCAAAAGUACAGCCAGAGACCCCGAAGUCCACCGCUAGGCUAACAAGGCACUCAGGAGACUUGAGGGGUAACUGAAGGGGGCCCCCCAGUUUCAGAGCCAGGCUAGAGAGGAAUCGAGGAGAGCCCUAACUACACAGCUGCUUCUCACUCCGCCCGAACAGCCCCCCAGCGGCCCCUCCAAGCUUCAAGGGCGCGGAUUGGGUCCUCUCGGCCAGGCAUGGAGACCUUCAACGGGGACUACCUCAACGGGGGCUUCUUGCUGCCCGUGGCCGGCGAGGAGGCGGUGGAGAAGAGAGGCCGGGAGAAGCCGCAGCAGCAGCAGCCCCCGCCGCCUCCUCCCCGCCCUCACCUUCCCGCAGACAAGUGCCCUUCCUCCCGGGAGCGCCAAGGCGAGGAGGAGCAGGAGGGGGAGGAGGAGGAGGAGCAGCAAGCGCUCCUGCCCGCCUUAGAGGCCGCCUACUGCCGCAUCCUCCGCGGGCUGGGGGAGAACCCCGAGCGGCAAGGGCUGCAGCUGACCCCCCGGCGGGCGGCCAAAGCCAUGCAGUUCUUCACCAAGGGCUACCGCGAGAGCGUCGCAGAAAUACUCAAUGAUGCAGUUUUUGAUGAGGACCACGAUGAGAUGGUGAUUGUGAAGGAUAUUGAGAUGUUCUCCCUCUGUGAGCAUCACUUGGUCCCUUUCUUUGGCAAGGUCCACAUUGGAUACUUACCAAUGAAGAAAGUGGUUGGUUUGAGCAAGCUUGCAAGAAUUGUUGAAAUAUUUAGCAGAAGGCUUCAAGUCCAGGAGCGACUCACCAAACAGAUUGCCUUGGCCAUCACUGAAGCUCUGAAACCUGUUGGAGUGGCUGUGGUCAUAGAAGCCUCGCACAUGUGUAUGAUCAUGCGGGGCGUUCAGAAAAUGAAGAGCAAAACCGUGACAAGCACCAUGCUGGGAGUCUUGCGAGAAGAUCCAAAAACCAGGGAGGAGUUUCUCUCCUUGAUCAAGAGUUAAAUGGCAACAGCUUGUGCUGCUCUGUGGGUUUGGAUCCCACACUAAAAAACAAUUGCCAGAACAUAAUUGCUUUAUGUGAGCCAGGUUUGGUUUUUUUUUUCUUUCAAAAGGUAUCACAGCUUUAUUAUCCCUACUGGGUAAUGCUGUAUGGUUAUGGCAAACAUCCUGUGGAAUCCAAUUACCUUAGGCUUUUCUAUAGAAAA